ACCAUAUUUGGACCAAUCAGAAAUCAGGAAAGUAGACAGUACUGAUCAGUGGGCUGAACCUAUAAAAGGGGUUGGGGCACUCAUAUCAAACUCUCUUUACUCUGGUGGAAACCGUUGUUCAAGGUGGUUGAUUUGAAAACGUAAAAGUGUUAGUUGUUGAAUCUUAAAACGGUUAAGUGAGUUGAACUUAAUGUUAAGUGUUAGUUAAUUUUAAUUCUAAUUGUUUUCCCAAAGUUGAUUUUUUGAAUAGUUUAUUCGGAAGUGGUUCAAUAACGUCAAAAAGAGUGUGAAGUAAAAUCGGCCGUACUUAAAGGUGGCUAAACCCAUUCAACGUGGGUGUUUGUCUGGAGCCCAAAGUACGUGGCCGUCCCACGCUCGGUCGUCGCUAACUGGCAAGCAGCUGUCCACCACCCACGAUUCCGGGACAAUUUUCCCGAAGAAUCUGCUGUGCGGCCUCUUAGAAUACGGCGAUUCCCGAACCGCUCCGAGGAACAGAAGUGCGUCGACGCCACGUGAAGCCAUCCUUCGUUGGAACCCCAAGCCAGCUGGCCAGCAAGUAAGCCCGUUUUAGUUUUGUGCACUCGAAGAAGAAUGAGCUCUGAAAAAAGUUGGGGGAAUUUGUAAAAUAUUGUAAAUACACGUAGUAGUUAAAUACCUUAGUUCCUAGUUUUUGCUUUCACACUUUUUCGCGAAUUAAAUUUUAAAAAUUGAACUUGAAUUUUCUUUAGUUUUUCUUUAUUUUCUUUGGGAAGCGUUUUAGAAUUAAGUUUUCAAGUUGAAUUUCUUUCAAUUGCCUGAGUUAAUUCUUUUUUUGUAAAUAUUAUUUCAAUCAUUUUAAGUAACCAUGCGUCUCCAUCAGUGCUCGAGUUUUUUGAUAUGAAGUGCGAUGAUUUGAUAGUAUUUUAGGUCUCAGUUCUAGCUUCGGUUUUCUGAUUGGUUUAAGAUUGGUUGGGUUUGGAAAGGGAGAUUAAGUGAAUUUACGGUGAUUGGGAACAACAACCUGCCCUCAGAGAAGAGUCUUUGGCCGGACAUAAACAGUGCUAGUGGCCCUUCUGUUGAAGGUGGCGCUUAAGUCACUAGCUACGGGUAACCAGACACGUGGAUCGCGGAUACUUUCGACCCGAAUCCAAGCAAUUAGGUUACAUUUUGGCGCCCAACGUGGGGCCGGUUAAAUUAGUUAGAAUUUGUUUCAAUUUCUUUUUUGGAAACGUGUAAUAUUUCUGAAUUUAGGGUAUUUUUUUUAAAUUACUUUUAUUUAAAAUUAUUUUUGGAGUUUUUUUUUCUUUUUGAGAGUGGGACGUGAGAAGAAACCUCUGGUCAAUAUGGCCAAGUUUACAGCGAACCUUUAUCGUAUGAAUGCGUCACAUUUGGAAGAGUGUGAGUUGGAGUAUGAGUUGAUUUUGCGGGGAUUAUCGAUUUCGGAACACAGACAGGACAAUGAGCGUCGUCUUCGGUCUGCCCUAAGGGAUGACGAGAAAGGAAAUCGCGAUUACUUAUCAUGGCGAGGAAUCUCUGAGGAAUGUGCGUUCAUAGGGAAUCGUUUAAAGGAAAUCGAAGAUAGUAUCAUAUACCAGGCAAACCUCAAAUCAAAAUCUAGGUUGUACCAUUAUUAUCUCAGGCUCAGACGAUGCCAGGUACAGACUCCGCGCGAAGAAGAGAACCGUUACGUCUUAGUAGACGCCAUCAAGGACAUGUUGUUGAAGUAUUUCAAUGAACUGAUCGAAAAUAAGGACGAAUUGUACAUGCAAAUGCCUUUGGACUCUAGUGGCACCGCGGGUAGAAAUGAGAUAGGACAGACUCGCGCUGAAAGCGUAUCGGUUUCAGGUAUUAAUCAGAGAUCGACAGGGGCAAUACCUAAGUCAAACGAGCAAGCGCGUCGCGUUGCAUUUUUGUCUUCGACUAGGGACGAUGAAGAAAGUUUAGAAUCAAAUGGUGACAUUAUUGAUGAUUUAGUAGUCUUGAACUCACCAGUCACAGAAGCGGUAAAUCCUUUAAUUAGCCCAGAGCGGGUACAGAAUACCACUCCGGUCAAUAUGUCACGCAGGCUAAGAACUGAGGAGGUUCAAACAGGUAAUUUCCAACAAGAGGCACGGGGAGGUCAGACGUCCCAAACCUCGCGACCCCCGGUGUUUGUGAGUGCUUUUAGACCAAAUUCACAAUUGACCAAUAAUUUUGGACAAUCGUCCAGAGAUGAUUUUGUACAUGUGUCACAAAUCGAAACUUACGUCCAAAAAUGCGUUAGUACAAUUUUGGAAAACCAACGAACAGAUCGAGUAGGCUCCGAUCGGAUCAAUUUACUCACUGAUCAAUUACAAAAUGCCAAUAUUCGUGGGGAAGAAAGUCGCUACACUCCGACAUUCCAACGAACCCCAGGAUCGACACCGUAUUCGACUUCCUUCAGAAGGCAAAAUGACGUUCAACAUUAUUCAGUUAUCCCAGGUAAUUUGAACAUUCCUCCCUCACUAACGAGCACGCAGCGAUCCUCAAACAUGCAGUAA